AUGGAGUCCAGCGUGCCUGUGGCCAGUAAGCAGCAGGCGACGCUGUCUGUUGCGGUGCGCGUGCGGCCGCUGCUCAAGGCUGAGGGGAGUCCGAAGAAGGACAUUGUGCGAGUCAUUGACAAGAAGAUAGUGGUGGUGCUGGACCCAGAUGAGACCAAGGGCCUCAACGGCACCGUGUUCGCGUACGGCGCCACGGGGUCGGGCAAGACCCACACCAUGGUCGGCACCCCCUCCGAUCCCGGGCUGAUGGUGAGAUCCCUAGCGGAGAUCUUCCAGCAGCGGGAGGCCCUCGCCCCCGGCCGCAGCGCUGAGGAUUUCAGCGUGGUGUGCUCCUACCUGGAGGUGUACAAUGAGGUGAUCUACGACCUGCUGCUCAAGAACAGCGGCCCCCUGGAGCUGCGGGAGGACCCUGACCAAGGGGUCUGCGUGGCGGGGCUCAAGCGCAUACAGGUGUCCAGCCCAGAGGAGAUCAUGGGUCUGCUGGAGGAGGGCAACAAGCGGCGCAAGACAGACAGCACGGACGCAAACGCCACCAGCUCGCGGUCGCACGCGGUCUUGGAGAUCCUUGUGCGGCGCGUGCCGCGCGACCAAUACCGCGCGCAGGCGCUGCUGGGAAAACUCAGCCUGGUCGAUCUGGCCGGCAGCGAGCGCGCCGCGGAGACCAACAAUGUGGGCCAGAAGCUGCGCGACGGCGCCAACAUCAACCGCUCCCUGCUGGCCCUUGCCAACUGCAUCAACGCGCUCGGCAAGAACGCCAAGACCGGUGCCGCAUACGUGCCCUACCGCAAUUCAAAGCUGACAAGGCUGCUGAAGGACGGCCUAAGCGGCAACAGCCGCACCGCCAUGGUGGCCACGGUUGCGGCGGCAGGCGAUCAGUACUACAAUUCGGUCAACACAUUGAAGUAUGCAGAUAGGGCCAAGGAGAUCAAGACCCACGUGGUUCCAAACCUCGGCAGCGUCGAGCGCCACAUCAGCGAUUACCAGUCCAUCAUAGACACCCUCCAGACCGAAGUCCAGUCGCUGCGCGCCAAGCUCGCGCCAGCUGGCGAUGCAUCCUCAGGCCCGUCGUUCACGGGCAGCCCCGGCGCCGGUCCGCACGGCGCUGCCGCUCCGCGCGGCCCCGGCGCUGGAGCUGCGCAAAGCCCUGCGGACGCCGCGGGCAAGGGCGGCGCGGCGGGCGCGGGCGCGGGCGGGAGUGGGGAGGCGGACACGCUGUCGUGGCUGGACGCGCUGGCUACUGAGAUCAACGAGAACGUUGAGGAGCGCAUCAACCUGCAGAAGGCGCUGUAUGAGCUGGAGGACAUCAACGUGUGCAACAAGUACGAGCUGCAAAACAUACAGGAGAUGCUGGAUGCUGGCAGCGCCACGGAUGCGGAGCGUGCGGAGGCGCUGGAGCGGCGUGCGGCGCUGCAAGAGGAGGUGUCCGGCAAUGAGGCCGAGGCGCAGUGCUACAGGGACGACAUCGCGGCCAACGAGGCGGGGCGGCGCGAAAUCCAGGGCAAGUUGGAGGCGGCGAUCGAUGGCAGCAGCAACGCCAACUUCUUGAAGAUCCUCUCAACCUUCAGGAUACAGGCUGUUCGGCUGCAGGAGCUCAAGUUUCAGAUGGCCGUGAGAGACCAGAUCAUCUCAGAGCAGCGCGAGGUCAUCUCGAACGUGUGGCGCAUCCUGGGGGCCUCUGGCCUGACGCGGGAGGAGCUGUAA